AUGGAUAACAUUCUUAAGCUACUUACGCAACAAAAGCAGUUACCGCUGUGCGAAUAUGUGAAGCGCAUUGGCCCAGGUAAUUUCACCAAUUUUGACCUAACCCAUUUGGAAGAUUUUCUAAACAAAUUGAGCGAAAUACGGAAUGCACAAAAUGGAAAAAAAGAGGAAAAGAAAGACCAGGGGGAGGAGGAAGAAUAUGUGGUGGAAGCGCCUCCACUCAUCAACAUCAGUAGCAUCCACGAGUGUAAUGAGGAGCCACCCAACGGGAGCAUAUUUAUCGACACAUAUAAAAAAGCAGACUUAAUGAACGAAUUAAAAAAUAUAGGUCUGGAAAUUAUUAAACGGAGUGAAGUCGCCGUUUUGAUCUUAGCUGGUGGUAUGGGGUCCCGACUUGGCUUCAGCAAACCAAAGGGGUUACUAGAAAUUACGCCAGUUCUGAAGAAGACAUUUUUCCAAUUUUAUUUUGAGAAAGUGAAAUUUUUGGAAGAGUACACCGUAGCAGUUGACACGGCUCUGGGAGGCCAUGAUCAUGUCGAUGGGAAAGGUACCAUGGGUUGCGCCAACGGCUCAAGUGCAAGAGGGGAGGAUCCGCGCCCCAAAAGUAAAACCGUCAACAGAGCUACCAUCUACGUCUACGUAAUGACGUCCGAGUACACGCACGACGAAACGGUUCAAUUUUUGGAAGAGAAAAAUUUUUUCGGAUUAAAAAAGGAAAAUAUAAAAUUUUUUAAGCAGAGCAAUAAUUAUGCCACCGAUUUUAACUUCAAUGUUGUGCUGUCCAAUCAGAAUACGUUCCUGACAUCCCCCGGGGGGAAUGGAGCCCUCUUCAAUGCCCUCGGUAAGAACGAAAUAAUUGACGAUAUGGUCCGAAAAAACAUAAAAUAUGUCCAAAUUGUAAGUAUUGAUAACGUGUUAAAUAAAAUAUCAGACCCCGUCUUAAUUGGUUUCUGUUCCCUUUUCAAUUGCGACAUUGCUAAUAAGGCGGUUAAAAUGGAGGAUGUGGGAUCAAUGGGUAUCUUUUGUCUAAAGCGACCAAGAAAAGAAGAGCCACCCGAUAACACCAUCAAGAACGAAUUCUCCGUGUGUGAAUACACAGAAAUGAACGAAUACAUUUUGAGCAACCCAGAGCUCUUUACAUAUGGCAACAUUUGUCACCACAUUUUUUCUCUACCUUUCUUACAGCAGAUUGUAAACGGUAAACUUUACAACGAUAUGAAGCUGCAUAGAAUAGUGCGGACGAAAGAGUACCACAAUUUUGGGGAGGGUAAAGAUGGGGAGAGUCCCUUGGCCACUUCUUCAUCCCCCCUGUAUUGUUACGAAUAUUUCAUUUUUGAUGUUUUUAAAUAUGCCAAAAGGAUUUUAUCUUUAGAAGUUUCCAGGGAAGAUGAAUUUUAUCCAAUAAAAAGUAACGAUAAUGGAAUGGCUAUCCUAAAUGCACAAAAAAAAUUAAGUAACAUGCAUAGAUCGUGGCUUGAAAAUAUGAAGUUCACCAUAAUUGCUAACCCUGUGGAGAAGCUCAACUGGUGCGAGAUUUCUCCUCUUGUGUCUUACGAUGGAACAUUUUUUUUUCACUUGCCUGCACAGAAAAAUCUGCACUUGCCAUUUUCCCUCGAUUCAACUUCAUCCUCCUAA